AUGUUCGUCCCUGUUAUAAAUACCAUGGGGGAGAACCUCUAUGAGGUCGUGGUUGAGACGUCUCGGUCGUCAAUCUGCUCGUCCUGUAUCCAGCACAUCCUGUUGCGGAUCCCCGGCGCCAUGAAGUUCCUCGGCUACGCCUCGGCAGCCGUCUUGUCUCUGCUGGGAUCGCGGGUGGAAGCUGAUUCCACCUACUGGCCUGCGAGGCCUCCUGCCCUUCCACUGGCCGUCAGAAACCCCUAUCUCAACGUAUGGCUCAAUAAGGAAGUGAACGGGCCCAAUCCGAUUCUUCCCGGCCAAUGGCCUCGGUUUUGGACUACUGGGAUUCAGGGAUGGCAAGGCUUCGUCAAGGUCGACGGCGUGGCAUACAACUGGAUGGGCGGCGCAACCGGAGCGCCCCUUGUCGACCAACUGAACGUGACGUAUACCUCGACCCGGUCCAUCUUUACCUUUUCCGUCGCCGGCAAGGUCACUUUGAACGUCGAGUUCCUGUCACCAGUUUACCCAACCGACCUGAAACGCCAGUCCAUCCCCUUCUCCUAUCUCAUCGUCAAGGCCAGGUCUCUCGACGGCGCCUCCCACAGCGUGCAGGUGUAUUCCGACGUUUCCGGAGAGUUUGCCUCGGGCGAUGACAAUGCCGUCGUCAAGUGGGAAACGGCCAGCGCCUCUGGCGUACGCAGCCACAAGUUCUACAAGGCAAAACAGAGCGUGUUUCAAGAAGACGGCGACAACGCCGCCUGGGGCAACUGGUACUGGUCGACGGCCGACGCCAACGGCUUAACCUACAGAAUCGGCGCCGACACGGCCGUUCGAGGGCAGUUCCUCAAGCAGGGCAAGUUGGACAAUACGGUUGACACCGAGUACCGCGCCGUCAACGACAGAUGGCCCGUCUUUGCGUUUGCCCGCGACCUGGGCAGCGUCAAGGGAAGCUGGGCCCGGACAAUCUUCACCAUUGGCGUGGCGCAAAAGGACGGCAUCCAGUUCACCGGCCAGGCCAAGGAGCCUCGCAGCGUGCCGUCGCUGUGGACGGCCUACCUUGCCGAGGAGGACCUGGCGGGCUUCUUCUACAAGGACUACGACAACGCGGCGCGGGCGUCGGACGGCAUGGACGCGCGCAUCCAGAAGGACUCGGUCGCCGCCGGGGGCCAGGACUACGCCACCAUGACGACGCUGGUGCUGCGGCAGAUUUUCGGCGCGCUCGCCUACACGGGCGCAGCCGACGACCCGUACAUCUUCCUCAAGGAGAUCUCGUCCAACAGCGACAUCCAGACGGUCGACGUCAUCUUCCCGGCCUUCCCGGCCCUGCUGUACCUGAACCCGGACCUGCUCAAGCACCUGCUGGAGCCGCUGCUGAUCAACGACCGGUACCACUACCCCAACGACUUUGCGCAGCACGACCUGGGCCGCUUCCCCCGGGCAAACGGGCAUCCCAAGGGCGACGACGAGCAGAUGCCGCUGGAGGAGUGCGGCAACAUGAUUCUCAUGAUGCUGGCCUACUCGCAGAUCAAGGAGGACGACGGGUACCUGGCCGACAACUGGGACCUGCUGGUCAAGUGGGCCGGGUACAUGAUCAAGGACGCCAAGAUUCCCGCGCAGCAGCUGUCGACCGACGACUUUGCCGGACAUCUUGCAAACCAGACCAACCUGGCCAUCAAGGGCAUCAUAGCCCUGCAGGCCAUGUCGCAGGUCGCCACCAAGGCCGGCCACGACGACCAGAGCCAAAAGUACGCCGACCUCGCCAAGGAAUACCUGGCCUUCUGGACCCAGCACGGCGUCAACCAGAAGGCCGGCCACACCACGCUCCAGUACGACAAGGCCGACUCGUACGGCCUCCUGUACAACAUCUACCCGGACAAGCUGCUCAAGCUCGACCUCAUCCCCCAGCGCAUCUACGACAUGCAGAGCGACUUCUACCUCGCCAAGCAGCAAAAGUACGGCGCCAUCCUCGACACCCGCGCCACCUGGACCAAGACGGACUGGGAAAUGUUCGCCGCGGCCGUGGCCAAGCCCGCCACCCGGCGCAUGUUCAUCACCAAGAUUGCGCGCUGGAUCGGCGAGACGCCCACCUGGCGCGCCAUGACGGACCUGUACGACGUCGCCACGGGCGACUACCCGGCCAACCUGCAGUUUACGGCGCGGCCCGUCAUGGGGGGUUUGUUUGCGCCGCUGGCGCUUUGA